AUGCACCAGCAGAACGGCGACCGCUCAUGCGCUAACGAAGCCAUCGGCGGGGCUCACUACGGCCCCGUUCUGGUCUACAUGUCCAAGGUUGCAGACGCAUCCACAGCGGACGGUUCGACCCCCUUCUUCAAGGUCUUCCAGGAUACAUGGGCGAAGAACAGCGGUGGCGGUGGCGGUUCGGAUGAUUACUGGGGUACUAAGGAUCUGAACAAGAACUGUGGAAAGAUGGAUGUGAAGAUUCCCACCAACCUGGCCCCUGGAGAUUAUCUACUGAGAGCGGAGGCUAUUGCGCUACACGCUGCAGGCAGUGCAAACGGCGCCCAAUUCUACAUCACCUGCUACCAGAUCACUGUCACUGGUAGUGGAUCUUCUUCACCCGCUGGCGUAUCGUUCCCUGGAGCAUACAAGGCUACCGACCCCGGUAUCCAAAUCAACAUCUACCAGAACCUCGCUUCGUACGUCGCUCCCGGUCCGGCAGUCAUCGCGGGUGGUACAGAAGCCGUUGCUGGUAGUGCUGGAUCUGCUGUCACUGCUACUGGUGGAGCGCCAGUUGCUACAGCUACUGCAACCACGAUGAGGACGUCAGCAGUAGCCACCUCUGCCGCCGCUGUGCCAACGAAUGGAGGUGGUUCUGGCGCUUGCUCUGUUGCAAGGUGCUUCAGGACUUACCUGCAAAGCCGGAGGUGA